AUGACCGUCAGACAAGAUGAGGCCAAGUUUGCGGAGUGGGCCAGAGCGGAAGACAAGUGCAUGUCAAUCCGGCGGCAAUAUCAGCUUGAGAAGCAAGACAAGAUGGAGAUCCUGGAUCAGAUCUCCAAGUCCAACGCAAAGAGCAAGACCUGUGACGCGGAGACGAUUGGAAGUGAUGUAGUCAUAAUGGAGUCGUGA